AUGGCUCCUCAAUAUUACAAGAACGAGCUUCAGCUCAUCGAAUUGGGGAACGAGUUACUGCACCAAGUUCGAGCUGAAUUGCGUGAGGCUGUAAAGUGUGCCACGGGUAUUCUCAAGGUUGAAGACCCAGAGCCGCAUCCUGAUGAUAGCAAUGCAUUUGGCACCAUCUACAACGGGUCUCUUGGAAUUGCUCUCACCUUUCUCCGGCUAGAGGAGCAGGUUAGCUAUAUAGCAAAUGAAGGCGAAAUCCCGUCUCUGGCAUCUGAAUUGGUUCAAUUGGCUAGUUCGAGGAUUAACCCUAAUGUAUCAGGGGUUAGUCAGUUGAGGACAAGGAGUCUUUCACCCUUGGCCUCAGGAACUCUUGGUGCUUCUCUCGUCCGUAUCUUAGCGGCGAUUACUCGACCUACACCGCGAGCGAUAGAUUCGAGUGACCUGAAUAUUCUUCAAAACGCUGCUGAGUUAUCUCUCAAACAGGGGACAAUGUUAGGCGGCGAUGAAGCAUUAUACGGACGUGUUGGCCUAUUGUGGGCUCUUUUGUACAUUCGCCAACACUGCCUCGAUGAGGAAAAUAUGGAUGUUUUGAUCCCACUGUUCACGAUGAUCCCAAGAAUUGUGAAUGUAAUUUUAGAGACUGGAAGGCUAGGUGCAGACGAAUAUCAACAGUUAUAUGGACAACAGAGUGUCCUGCCACUUAUGUGGCCAUGGCAUGGUAAAUACUACAUCGGAGCAAUUCAUGGGACAGCUGGUAUUUUGGCCAUUCUUCUUUCCUGCAAACUUGAGGAGCUUGACGAUGGAGCCACCCACCAUCUACCCAUCAUCGCACAAACUAUAAAUAGCCUAUGCAGGCUUACCAUCGAGAAUGGCGGCCACCUUCCCUCAUCACUUCCAAUUCACUCAUCCUCCCGUCAUUCCCCUUAUGUACAAAUUUGCCACGGCUCCCCAGGCCUACUUAUCCUGCUUGCCCAAGCAAGAAGCAUCCCCGACCUAACACGGUCAUUCUGGGAGCCAGAUUGGGAUAAAGCCAUCCGGCUUGGCAGUGAGCAAGUUUGGGAACAAGGACUGCUAUUCAAAGGCGGCGGAUUGUGUCAUGGCAUCGCCGGAAACGCGUGGCCCUUCCUAAUGCUACAUGAUAGCUUUGAGUAUGGACAGGAAAACAUAGCGCAGGCGAAUCUCUCAUUCAGAGACAGGACUGGCAUUAUCCCUUCAGAAGAGGAGGACCUCACGCCAGAUUAUUUUCUGUCGAGAGCCUUGUCGUUGCUGCUCUAUGCGCAGAAGACUCCACCUUUCCACCGUCGAAGAUCUCCUGGCGAGCUCCAGUUUCGCAUGCCAGAUACUCCCUACAGCCUUUUCGAGGGGCUGGCAGGGACCUGCGCUGCGUGGGCUGAAGCCUGUGUGGUCAUUGAGGCCCGGUUGAGGAAAAAUAAAUUGGAUGAAGAGGGCAGUGGGGCCGUUUCUGAAAAGAGGGAUGAGUUACUUUCUAAGCACCUAAAUCAUGAAUUGGGAUUUCCUGGGAUCACAUUGGGAGGAAUCCGUUGA